AUGCCUCUGAGGACUAAGAACCGCCGUGCCAGUACGGGAAAGUUCUAUGGUAAUCAGAAGAUGGAGCUAAGCUUCGUGAUAACUAGAUGCGAUUUACUCGCGCCGACGAAAGUUCAGGUAGACAGGAUGUUUCCAUGGUUGCAGGAGGUACUUCGGGAGGCUCUUGGACGGACGGGACGUAAUGUGCGUCUAGGUAAUCUCAUAGCCCUUAGCGCAAAACGGAGUUGGUGGACUAGGGAGCUGAAAGAAGAUGUAUGGAAACGGGGUGGUGCUGGUUGGAUGGUCGGCAAGGCAAAUGUUGGCAAGAGUCAACUAUUCGAAGCUAUCUUUCCUAAGGGCAGAAUGAAUCUACCCCCUUCGAAACAUCAAAUCACGGUUGAAAUGCAAGCAAGGACAUCAAGCAAGGAUGCAACUUCAAUGGAGAAGGCCGAAACCAAGCCGGAACUAGCCCAGGAAGACUUAGCAGUUCAGGAGAUGGAAGAUAUGGAGGAAGAGGAGCUUGACGAAUACGCCCUUUUACCACCCGCAGUCAAGGAGACUAAUUACCCAGAAAUGCCGCUAGUUUCUGACCUACCAGGGACGACAGCAUCGCCAAUCCGGAUUCCAUUUGGAAACGGCCGAGGAGAGCUAAUCGACCUUCCUGGUUUAGAACGCACUGGUCUUGAGAAGUAUGUCAAGGAGGAACACCGCUUAUCUUUGAUCAUGCGCUCUCGAGUCAUACCAGAACAAAUGACGCUUACACCAAGUCGGUCCUUACUUCUUGGUGGGUUCAUCCGCAUUACCCCGAGAGAACCAGCACCAAUCAUGUUGGCAUAUGCGUUCACACCAAUCGAAGCGCAUGUUUCAAGGACGGAGAAGGCGAUUGGAAUCCAGAACCAGACAGGCGAGGUCAACGUUGAAAAUAUAGCAGUACCAGGGACUGGCGAGAAAACAAAACUAGCAGGCUCUUUCGAGCUCAAAUGGGACGUAACAACGAAAAGGACCGGACCCUUAAUGAGAAAAGAAGCCGUCGGUUUAACCAUAGACCGGCUACCGUACCGAGUUCUAUCCACUGACAUCCUAAUUGAAGGUGUCGGGUGGGUAGAAAUCACCGCUCAAGUGCGCACGAAGGACCUUUUCAAAGAAAGACCAGUAUCGGACACGCCGCCUGUUGAGAAAUCUGAAGAGAAAAAGGAACUUUCGGCAUUAGAAAGGCUAGAAGCUCUUGUCGAAGAUCCUAAAAAGAAGGCACCCCGCCCUCCCCCUGUUGAAGAGCAAGGCGAGGAUGAUGAACCUAACUGGCCUAUCGUGGACGUGUAUACUCCCGAGGGCAAGUUUAUAUCUUCUCGUAGGCCCAUGAACGGUUGGGUGUUAAACAAACCAAAGGUUACUGCAGCGUCACGGAGAUCCCGGCCCCGAAGGAGUAUGAAGGGUCAAAAGAAACUUGAGAAGCACCGGAAGCGGGAGAGAGAGGGUACUGCUACCUCUUCGUUUUAA